UGCGUGCGCAUACGCCGUUAGUACAGGAUACGGUUCAUGCAAGUUGGAAAUUAUUCCGGUCUUUCGUCUUCACUUGACCGGUCGCAAUGUUGAGUGCUGUAUCAAAAGCUGCCACUGGCGCCCUUAGGGCCGUCAAACCCACCCUUCUUCAAAAUGAAGUUACUAAAAUAUCAGGGGUAUUAUCAGUAAAUAGCAGAGAUUAUGCAAAAGCUGCAAAUUCCAAAGGUGGUGCACAAGGAAAAAUUGUUGCUGUCAUUGGUGCAGUUGUUGAUGUUCAAUUUGAUGAUGCUCUUCCUCCAAUUCUUAAUGCUUUGGAAGUUCAAAAUCGCAGCCCUAGGCUGGUCCUUGAAGUUGCUCAGCAUUUAGGAGAAAAUACAGUACGCACUAUUGCUAUGGAUGGUACUGAAGGUCUGGUUCGUGGACAAAGUGUUUUGGAUUCUGGAUAUCCUAUUCGUAUACCCGUUGGUGCUGAGACAUUGGGUCGUAUUAUUAAUGUUAUUGGUGAACCAAUUGAUGAGCGUGGACCUAUCCCUACCAACAAACUUGCUCCCAUCCAUGCAGAUGCUCCUGAAUUUGUAGAGAUGUCUGUUGAACAAGAGAUUUUAGUAACUGGAAUUAAAGUUGUUGAUCUUCUAGCUCCUUAUGCUAAAGGAGGAAAGAUUGGUUUAUUUGGUGGCGCUGGUGUUGGAAAGACUGUGUUGAUUAUGGAACUAAUCAAUAAUGUAGCAAAGGCCCAUGGUGGUUAUUCUGUAUUCGCCGGUGUAGGUGAACGAACACGUGAAGGAAAUGACUUAUACCAUGAAAUGAUUGAAUCUGGUGUCAUUUCAUUGAAAGAUAAAACUUCCAAAGUAGCAUUAGUAUAUGGACAAAUGAAUGAACCACCAGGUGCUCGUGCUCGUGUCGCUUUGACUGGAUUAACUGUUGCUGAAUAUUUCCGUGAUCAAGAAGGACAAGAUGUAUUACUAUUUAUUGAUAACAUUUUCAGGUUUACUCAAGCUGGUUCUGAAGUAUCGGCUUUGCUGGGUCGUAUUCCAUCUGCUGUAGGUUAUCAACCAACAUUGGCAACUGAUAUGGGUAGUAUGCAAGAGCGUAUUACCACAACAAAGAAAGGAUCCAUUACUUCUGUGCAGGCUAUUUAUGUACCUGCUGAUGACUUAACAGAUCCUGCUCCUGCUACCACCUUCGCUCAUUUAGACGCUACAACUGUAUUGUCUCGAGCUAUUGCUGAAUUAGGUAUUUAUCCUGCUGUUGAUCCACUCGAUUCCACUUCCCGUAUCAUGGAUCCCAACAUCAUUGGUGCUGAACACUACAAUGUUGCUCGUGGUGUACAGAAAAUCUUACAGGAUUACAAAUCACUACAAGAUAUUAUUGCUAUCUUAGGUAUGGACGAAUUGUCGGAAGAAGACAAACUCACUGUCGCUCGUGCGCGUAAGAUCCAGAGGUUUUUAUCUCAACCAUUCCAGGUUGCUGAAGUGUUCACCGGUCAUGCCGGAAAAUUAGUACCAUUAGAAGAAACUAUUAAAGGAUUUCAGAAAAUCCUUGCUGGAGAUUAUGAUCAUUUGCCAGAAGUCGCAUUCUACAUGGUGGGCCCAAUCGAAGAAGUAGUGGCGAAAGCAGAAUCAUUGGCAAAACAAUAAAUUGAUUUCCAGCCGUCGUAAUCAUGUCAUUAAAAAGUAAUUAAAACGAUCUUCUAAUAAUACAGACUUGUUUCUUGUAUAUGUAUAGUAUUGACUUUCAUCCAAAAGC